AUGUCUCAAAAAGUUUUCGAGCCUAAUUAUGCAAUAAACGAGGGCGACUCUCCUGUAAACCUCUCGUAAGUGUCUGAGGGAUCAACAGCAAGUCCUGUAAGAAUAUCUCCUGUUCAAAAAUCCAACUAGAUAUCAAAUAUUAACUAUUUAUCCAACCUUAAGCAUUCGCUUAACCAAUAUAAUAAUGGAGGACGUAACGAAUAAUAGCAGCUUCAAUACAAGCACUCCAAUCCCAUUCAAGAAUCUGAUCAAGAUUAAUACGAAUACAACAAUGAUGGUAACCAUAAUGAAACUAAUAUUAGCUAUUCCUAGUCAGGAACAAGAAGUAAAUAAGGUACUCUUGGAGUAUUAAUGAAGGGACUAUCUCCAAAAGAGUUCGCAGCAAUGCAAGUUUACGGAAUGAAUCAAAGCAUGAGACAAAACAAGUCUAAUACAAUGGGUACGUUAGGAAGCUAGCCUACUGUUAAAUCAGUAGGUUCUGUAAAUAUAAACAAUAUGUAGCAAGGUCAAACAGUUGAGCACAUAGAAACAUUAGAUAAUUAACUUUCAUAAGGAGAAAUAGCUAUUGAUUAGGAUCAUUAUCCAUAAGAUUAUUAAAACGUAGCUCCUUCAAAAUACACAUAAAGAAGUCAAGCAUUGUUUGAGUAUUUAGCAAAAACAGGAGAUAUUAUGAAAAGCUAAGAACGCUUACAUACUUCAACUUACGCCAAGAACUUGCUUUUGUCUGAUGAAAAUAUGAAUUAAUUUGAAAAGGAAAAUAAAAAGAAGGCUCAUUAAAGAGUUUACAGUUCAAGAGAAAUGGAAGUUAUCAACCGUCUUUACUCUGAGCAUGAAUAAAAGUAAAAAAAAAAUUCAGAUUUGAAAAAGGAUUAUGAAGAAAAGAUGCUCAAAGAGUGUACUUUCUCUCCUCGCUUGAUGAGAUCUCAUUUUAACUCUGGCUCCAACUUCAAUUUUGGAAAUACCCACUCAUAAGAGUCUCAAUAUUACUCAAAGAGAGAGCCUAACUUUUACGAGUAAUCUUAAAAGAUGAAAACGUUAUAUGAAAACCAUAAAGAAAUACUCAAGGAUGCCAAAGAAAAUGAAGAAAAGCAGUAAGUUUUAGAUAAACCUAAACUCACUAAAAAAACUCAGUAAAUAAGUGAGUAGGCUUUUGAGAAAAAAGGAUAAAAGAGCUUAAGCGUUAUAGAUCGUCUUUUCUAAGAAAAAAAGGUUCCUUAACAACCUGAAGAUCCUCACCCAUAUAAACCCACAAUCUCUAACUACAAGACUAAGAAUAGAAAAGUUCAAAAGAUUGACGAAUAUCUCUAUCAGGAUGCCAAAAGAAGAAGAGAGGAAGAAAAAUAAUCCAAGAGUGUUACUCACAGCAACUAGAAAUCUAUCAACUUUAACACACUUUCUACACAUGGACCUUCCUAAGGAUCUGCUUAUAAUCCUAAUGCUCACAAGAAGAGUCUCUAAAAAGCUAUUGCUUCAAAAUUUGACAAGGAAUUCUAGCAAGCAGUUGCUGACAUGGCAUUUACGAAGGAUCCCAACAGAAAAUCUAUGCCUGAAACUAUUUCUUAUUUGGAAGCCAUUGAAAUUUUGCAAAAUUUGAAAUUUAUCAACCAAAAGAGCUUUGAAGAAAAUUAAAUUAUUGCAACUUAAGUAUAGCGUGUUUGGAAUUAAUUGUCAGGAAGAUAGAAUAAGUCUAGAGUUUUGGUGAGAAACCUAGAAGUUUUCUUGUUUGCCGUUUAAAAUAUCAGAGCUGACUCAGAAAUGAUACCUUAUGUUACUGAGGAGUAGCUUUAAUAAGAAGGCUAACAGAAUACUUUACAUCAUAAAUCAUAGCACUUGAAUCCAGAUGACUCUUCUCCUCGCAGUCACUUUAACUCCCAGCAACAAAGUUAGAGUUAAGAUAAUAUGGAGAGAAUCAAUUAGAAAAUUGCAGAAAGAGCUGAGAUGAUUAAUUCAAAGCUCAGCGAGUCUAAGAAAUGUGCAGUAGGUUUCUUCGAUAAAAAUGAUAACUUAUACUAUAUAGAUGAGUAAGUAAACUAGAUUCACAAGCAAUUUAAGGAUAUUAAUGACAAUCGUCUAACUGCAGAAAAAGGUGCUAGAAGAACUUCUAAAAACAAUGAAGUCAAUAAUCACACCUAUGCACCAGAAAUCUCUGAAACAUCUCGUCGUUUGGCCUUAGAAAGAAGAGAAAGAGUUGUUGAUGACUUAAAGAAUAAUCCAGGAUUCGUUGGAGCUCUUGAUAUCAAUGAAAUUUUGAGUUACUAAUAGCAACUAACAAGAUUUUAAAACUUAGAAUUGAAAUAGAAGCUUGAUGAUGAAAAAAUGAAUGAAUGCACCUUCCAUCCUUAAACAAAAGAUUUCAGUAAGGUACAGAAGUAUUUUUCACCUAGAAACAACAAUAAUGGAACUAAUUUCGAAGAAGAAAUGCAAGGAAAAGUACCAAGUGAAAGAAAGUAAGCUACAUCAACCAAGCCAUUAGGAGUGCACAGAACACUAGAACUUUACUCUCUUGCUAAGCCUUAGAACUAGAGAAGAGAUAGAGAUAAAGGAGAUAUUGAGUAUGAAAAAGAGUGUGAUGAAUGUACAUUCUCUCCUGAUAUUUCUCAUAUCAAGCUUACUAACUUUAAUUCGACUAUUAAUGGAAGCCAGUACAACUCCUACAACAGCCCUAACAAAAGCAAAUAACUAAGCAAUUUACAACAAAAAGGUAUUUAGAAGAGUAUCGAUCGUAUGAAAACUGGUCGCUUAAAUACCAAAGUUAAUGAGUAAAUUCAAAGCUCAGGCACAACUUUAUCUAACAAAUAGCGUCAAUCAAUUGAGAAGUUUGUUAAUAUUUCCUUACAAAGUGAGAAGCACACUCAUGAGCGCCCUCAGGGAAGAUUCAUCUCAACUAACUCCCACCAUAAUCACAGUAACAGCGGGCAACACAGAGUAGUUUCAUCUUCUCCUAAGCCUAAUAUGUUCUCUCCUUAAGAAACUCAAGAAUACACUCACUAAAAUAACAUAGAUCCAUAGGAACACGUAGAUACUGCUCGUAGUGGUAAAUCUCAACCUAAUUAGGCAGAAACUCAAGAUGUGACUGAAUACUUCUUGAAGUAGCCUUAGCAGUAAUCUUAAUAGGAUAAAGAAAAAUCUCUACCUGUAACUUCAAAAACUAUGGAAGAAGACAGAGUACCUUUGCUGUUUGUUGACGUAAACAUUGAAGAUGGUAAAACUGCCAGAAUUAUUGUUUACGAAGGUGAAAAAUCUGAAGAUCUUGCUAAUAAGUUUGCAUAAGAACACAAUCUUGAUUCAGUUAUGACAGGAAGACUUAAGGAUUUGUUAGAUUAACAAAUUAACAGCUUAUUAACUAAGAUUGAUGAAGAAGUUGGAAGCGAUAGAGAAGAAGAAGAGGAGGAAAGUGGAGAAGACGAACAAGGUAACUACAUUCAUAGAAGAAGACAUAAAAAAUAGAAAAUGAUUGACCAUCAUAUUAACGAAGAAGAACAACACCAAACUAGCCAACAAGUAGUGCACCAUGAAGAAGAAACUCCUUCAAAUAAUUAAAACAUAAUUUACACAGAAGAUAACUUUGAUUAUAUGAGCAGCUAAAAUCGCUUGAAUAAUCCUAAUUUCCACAACCAAGUUUAGAAUUCAGAUCCAAAUAUUAAGUCAAAUCAAAUGAUUACUCAUCCUGAUGAGCAUGUUAAAGAAGAGGUUCAUGAGUAAGACGAAGACGAUGAAGAAGAGUAAAAUAAAGUUAAGAGAACAGCUGCAGGAAACUAAAACGAACAUCCUUAAGAACAUGAGCAUUAGAAAAAUGCUUAGGAUAUCAUGGAAAUGCACAUGAAAGCUUUAGCUUAGACUUUCAAAAACUAUUCUGAAAACGAAGACAAAUAGAAGUAGUUAUUGAGUGAAGACAAUCACACCUAACUUACCUCUUCCUAACAAUAGAAAAAGCUUACUUAAAAAGAAAUCGAAGAAAUGCAUAUGAAAGCUUUGGCUACAACAUAUAAAAAUUACUCUGAGAGUGAAGAAAAGCAAUCCUAAUUGCCAACCAAUAGCUAGAAAGUGACUCUCUAAGAUAUGGAAAAUCUUCAUAUGAAAGCCCUAGCCGCAACCUUCUAAAACUAUUCAAAUGAUCCCAAUAAGCUAAACUAAUUACCUCCCUCUGAGUUCUCUAACUCAAGCUCAAAGAAGGUGUUCGAAUACGAGUAACAUUCACCUUUACAAAACACACAAACAUAAGGUGGACUUUACUCCUAUUAAAAUUAACCUUAAAUUUCUAAUAACUCCUAUGCAGGUAGCACUUACAAGCCAGAAACCACUAAUGCAAACAGUAACAGUUAUAGUAAUUAGCUUAAUGUGCAAGAUAUUAUGAAUAAUCAUAUGAAGGCUUUGUCAACAACAUAUUAAAAUUAUUCUGAAAACCCUGAUAAAUUUAAUUAUAAUUAAUCCUCAUAGCCAUCAUCAUCUUCAUAUUUGCCCUCAAGCACAAACUACGGAUAAGCUUCAAAUAGUCCUUACAACAAAUAUACUUCUCCAGUAGGUUAAUCUAAUUUUGCCACUGCUUACACAAACCCCACUACUUAAGUAAACUAUGGUUCCUCAUCAUAUAAUGCUCUUGGAACUUCAGCAUCACCAACUGGCACCACCUACAAUGCAUAUUCUAUUCCAACAACCAAUACCUAUAGCACAAAUACUUAUGGAACUACAAAUACAGGUACUUAUGGAACAUCUAACGCAAAUACAUAUGGAACAUCAAAUGCAAAUACAUAUGGAACAUCAAACAACAGCACAUACGGAGUUACUAAUACUAACAACUAUGGAUUAUCUAACAGUAAUACUUAUGGUACUGCUAAUAAUACCUAUGGAACUACUAAUACCUAUGGAGCUACUGCAUCUAACCCUUAUAGUUCUUCAACAACAUAUACAACUCCUUCAACCUUUAACUACAAUCCCACUACAUUUAAAUAUUGA